AUGAAGAGUGACGCUUGGCUUAGCAAGCCCUUUUUGACUUCUAUAUUCCUUGGAAUAGGAGGUUUUCUCUAUGGAUUUGACUCGGGUAUCAUCACGCCGAGCUUGGCGCUGAGUUCGUUCCUCACGUACUUUGGCAAACCAGAUCCUCCCCUUCGAGGCGCCAUUGUGUCCAUGUACCAAGCAGGAGCAUGGCUAGGCAGUGCUUCAGUCGGCAUCACCAGUGAUAAACUCGGUCGUCGCAAAGCCAUUGCUUUCGGCUGCAUCUGGGGCGUCAUUGGCGGUGCGGUCAUGGCUGGCGCCGCUCACGUUGCGAUGCUCAUCAUCGGACGACUCCUCGUCGGUUUCGCCGUUGGGACCAUCACAGGAGUAUCUCCUGUAUUUGGAGCAGAGAUUGCAAAGACCCAUGAACGUGCCAAAGUCACGGCUGUGAAUCAAAUGAUGACAGCUUGGGGAUUCUUCGUCGCGCUGUGGAUCGGUGUCGCGGAGGGGAAGUGGCAUAACGCAAAUCAAUGGCGUCUUGGCUUUGCGAUUCAAAGUAUUCCCGCUCUCAUUCUUGGUGUUGGCGUCUUGUUUCUGAGUGAAUCACCCCGUUGGCUUUGUCUCAAGGGCCGUCAUGAUGAAGCUGAGAAGGCAUUCCGCGCUUAUCACUACGACGGAACGAAUGACGAUUGGUGUCGCACUGAGUUCACUGUCAUUCAAGUCAACAUCUCCGAGGAGCUGCAAGCUCAAGGAAAACUUUCAUGGGCCCAACUAGCCAAGACCCCUGCGUUCCGAAAACGUCUCUUUGUUGGUACGUUCGUCUGGGCAGCUGCUAUGCUAUCCGGCAUUUCCUUCGUGCAGUACUACCAGACCGCUAUCUACGCAACACUCCAGUUCAGUGAGGAUCGCCAGCUUCUCGUCAGUGGCCUUUACGGUUCUGUUGGUCCAGUCGCUUGCUUCCUAUCAUUGUUCUUUGUCGACAAGAUCGGAAGGAAGAAGAUUCUGGUCAUCAGUUCGUCGCUUUUGUCGCUAUGCUACUUGAUCAUUACGGUCCUGGCUGCUGAAUUCCCUGCUAUUCCUGGUAUGCCGACCAAUGCUGCGGCGCAGAGGGGUUUGAUUGCGUGUAUUUUUGCUGUUUCGGCGAAUUACUCUGCUCUUCUUGGACCGAUGACUUGGAUUAUUCCUCCUGAGGUUUUCACUACUGAGCUACGUGCCAAGGCCAACGCCAUUGUGCAGGUGGUGCACUAUUCCAUAAGUCUGAUCAUCACGCAAUGCUCGCCUAUCGCCUUAGCAGCUAUCCUGUUCGUCCUCACCAACGCGCUUUGUGCUGUUAUCUUCUUCUUCGUAUAUCCAGAGACACGAGGUAAAUCACUGGAAGAGAUUGAUGAAAUCUUCGGUGAUGUCAAGAUUGUCCAUGAAGAGGAUGUCCGGUUCUCUGAGAAGACUGGCGUCGAGGCGAUUGAAACAAGGGAUCAGCGCAUUAUGCAGGGAUCUUAG